AUGCACACACAGGCGCUCCAGGGCGCGAGCCUACUGACCUCUAGUCUAUGCCCCGCACGCCCUUUCCGGGCAGGCUCACGCCCCGCCCGCCCCUCAAGGCCCCAGUGCGCGCGAGUGCGGGCCACCGCCACGGACUUCGUGCGUGAGCCGGCCACGGAAAUGUCGGAGGAGAAGCGGGACCUGCAGCGCAUGUUGAGCAAGCCGUACAAGUACGGCUUCAAGACGUUCAUAGAGUCUGACGUCUUUCCCAAGGGCCUGGAUGAGGACGUGGUGCGGGCUAUCUCCCUCAAGAAGGAGGAGCCGGAGUGGCUCCUGGAGUUUAGGCUCAAGGCGUGGCGCAGGUGGCUGGCCAUGGAGGAGCCGACCUGGUCGGACAACGACUACCCUGCCAUUGACUACCAGGCCUACAGCUACUACUCCGCCCCGCGCCAGAAGGAGAAGAAGGGGUCCCUGGAAGAGGUGGACCCAGAGCUGCUGGCCACUUUUGACAAGCUGGGCAUCCCCCUGGCCGAGCAGAAGCGGCUGGCCAACGUCGCCGUCGAUGCCGUGUUUGAUUCGGUGUCCAUCGCCACCACCUUCCGCGAGGAGCUGGGAAAGGCCGGCGUCAUCUUCUGCUCCAUCUCCGAGGCUGUGCGCGAGUACCCGGACCUCAUCCGCAAGCACCUGGGCUCGGUGGUCCCCACCAGCGACAACUACUUUGCGGCCCUGAACUCUGCCGUCUUCUCCGACGGCUCCUUUGUCUACAUCCCGCGCGGGGUGCGCUGCCCCAUGGAGCUGUCCACCUACUUCCGCAUCAACGCCGCGGAGACGGGGCAGUUUGAGCGCACGCUGAUCGUGGCAGAGGAGGGGUCCCACGUGUCCUACCUGGAGGGCUGCACCGCCCCCGCCUACGACACCAACCAGCUGCACGCGGCGGUGGUGGAGCUCAGCGCGGCCGCGGAUGCAGAGAUCAAGUACUCCACGGUCCAGAACUGGUACGCGGGGGACGCCGCGGGGCGCGGCGGCAUCUACAACUUCGUGACCAAGCGCGGCGUGUGCGCCGGCGCGCGCUCCAAGAUCUCCUGGACCCAGGUGGAGACCGGGUCGGCCAUCACCUGGAAGUACCCCUCGGUGGUGCUGGCGGGGGCGGACUCGGUGGGCGAGUUCUACUCCGUGGCCCUGACCAACAACCGGCAGCAGGCCGACACGGGGACAAAGAUGAUCCACGUGGGGCCGCGCACGCGAUCGCGCAUCGUGUCCAAGGGCAUCUCCGCCGGCCAGUCGCGCAACGUCUACCGCGGCCUGGUCAGCAUCGGCCCCGGGGCCGACGGCGCGCGCAACCACUCCCAGUGCGACUCCAUGCUGAUCGGGGACGAGGCCGGGGCCAACACCUACCCGUACAUCCAGGUGCGCAACCCCACCGCGCGCGUGGAGCACGAGGCCUCCACCUCCAAGAUCGGAGAGGACCAGCUGUUCUACUUCCAGCAGCGUGGCGUGGCGGUGGAGGAGGCGGUGGGCAUGAUCAUCUCGGGCUUCUGCCGCGAGGUGUUCAACGAGCUGCCCCUGGAGUUUGCCGCGGAGGUCAACCAGCUGAUGAGCCUGAAGCUGGAGGGCAGCGUCGGGUGA